CGAUUUCUUUUUUCAGGCUUCUUAAAAUGGAAGAGAGCGCAGACGCGUGACGCAUCGCUGCUCACACAAAGUUGCGCUCCUACACCGCAUUUACAUAAAGACCUCACGAUUUCCUCGUGUAUAUAAAUCCCUCGGAUCAUGACAGGACGUAGGUAGAAGCCUAACGGUAAGUCGCAGCUGAGAGAAUCACAGAGGCGUAAAAAUGAAGACGGAGAGCGUGGCGCAGACUGUGCCAUUCAGUGGCCGAAAGCGGAGUCUUAUCGAGGACGCGCGCAGAGACCGAGAGAGGGAGAGAGACAGAGAGAGAGACAAGGAGAGAGACAGGGAGAGCACAACUGCUUCUCCGGGUCCAUCACGCAGCGGCGACAAUUUGGUUUUUGAAGAGAAAAGCGGUAAGGUUACUCUCCACCUGCUCUUUACGCAGAACAAUGACAAACACGCAGGCUUCUUCAAAACUGGGAAAGUCUUCGAGACCUUCGAGGCGAAGCUGCUCCACCUGGAGACUCGAACAUCUCGGAAGUGUAAGAAAGUGUCCUCAGAUGAGCUGGAGUUCUUCAUGCAGUGUGAAGUUCACAGCUCUGACACUGACGCCUUCAUUAACGCUCUUAGAAGAGUCGGGGACGAAGUGCGGCUUCUGCCUGACGACAGGGUUCCAUGGUUCCCUCGAAAGGUCAAUGAUCUGGACAAAUGCAAUAACGUAAUUACGAAGUACGACCCGGACCUGGACCAAGAUCACCCUGGAUUUAGCGAUCCGGAAUACAGAAAGCGGAGAGCGUUCAUCUCUGAGCUGGCUUUCAACUUCAAACAGGGCGACCCCUUGCCAUACGUCGAAUAUACUCCGGAAGAGGUUGCCACUUGGAGAGAAGUGUACAGGACUUUGACCUCCAUCUAUCCGACUCACGCUUGCAGACAGUUCCUGGACGGACUGCAGCAGCUGGAGAGAGAGUGUGGCUACGCAGAGCACAAAAUCCCUCAGCUCAGAGACGUGUCCAGUUUUCUGAAAGAAAAGACAGGAUUCCAGCUGCGCCCAGUCGUGGGUUUACUGUCGGCUCGGGACUUCUUGGCGAGUCUGGCGUUCAGGGUGUUCCAGUGCACGCAGUACAUUCGCCACUCCUCAUCACCCAUGCACUCUCCGGAGCCGGAUUGCUGUCAUGAACUGCUCGGACACAUCCCCAUGCUCACGGACAAAGAGUUCGCUCAGUUUUCACAGGAGAUUGGUCUCGCCUCUCUCGGCGCGUCUGACGAGGACAUCGAAAAGCUGUCCACCCUCUACUGGUUCACGGUUGAGUUUGGGCUCUGCAAGCAGAACGGGGCAGUAAAGGCAUACGGUGCAGGGCUGUUAUCCUCCUAUGGAGAACUUGUGUACGCUCUCUCUAACGGACCCGAAUACAAGCCCUUCGUCCCUGCUGAGACGGCGGUCCAGUCGUACCAGGAUCAGACGUACCAGCCCGUUUAUUUUGUCUCCCAGAGCUUUGAGGAUGCGACAAACAAGAUGAGACAGUACUCAUCCACCAUCCAGAAGCCGUUCACCAUCAGAUAUGACCCGUAUACCUGCUCCAUGGAGAUCCUGGAUGAAGCGGCUAAGAUCCAGAAUGUUCUGGGCCAAAUCAGAAAGGAGCUGAAGAUUCUGCACAGUGCGUUAGAGAGGCUGGGCUAAAGAUGAGCCUGAAAGUCUGCAUCAUUAUCAACCAUACAUCAAUCACACUCAAAACACCCAUCAAUCACACUCAAAACACCCAUCAAUCACACUCAAAACACCCAUCAAGCACACUCAAAACACCCAUCAAUCACACACCGAAAAUCCAUCAAUCACACACAGAAAAUCCAUCAAUCACACUCAAAACACUCAUCAAUUACACACUGAAAAUCCAUCAAUAACACACCGAAAACCAAUCAAUCACACACCAAAAAUCAAUCACACUCAAAAUACCCAUCAAUCACACUCAAAAUACCCAUCAAUCAGACUCAAAACACCCUUCAAUCACACCCAAAAUACCCAUCAAUCCCACACCAAACAAUAAAACACCAAACACCCAUCAAUCACACCCCAAAAACCCAUCAAUCACACACCACAUACCAAACAAUAAAACACCAAACACCCAUCAAUCACACACCAAACACCCAUCAAUCACACACCAAACAAUAAAACAACAAUCACCUAUCAAUCACACACCAAAAACUCAUCGAUCACACCCCAAACACUCAUCAAUCACACACCAAACACCCAUCAAUCACACACCAAACACCCAUCAAUCACACACUAAAACACCCAUCAAUCACACCCCAAACACUCAUCAAUCACACACCACAUACCAAACAUUAAAACACCAAACACCCAUCAAUCACACACCAAACACCCAUCAAUCACACACCAAACAAUAAAACAACAAUCACCUAUCAAUCACACACCAAAAACUCAUCGAUCACACCCCAAACACUCAUCAAUCACACACCAAACACCCAUCAAUCACACACCAAACACCCAUCAAUCACACACUAAAACACCCAUCAAUCACACACCAAACACCUAUCAAUCACCCACCAACCGAACAACGAUCACCUACAUAUCACCCAUAAAUCACACAACAAUCACACCAAUAUGGAGAUCAUGAGAUAUGUACAGAAUACACAAAUACAGUGUAAAUAUUUCUGUCCUCCCACAGAAUGAUCCUCAGUAGACUUUGUGUGUGUCCAACAGAUCAACACGCAUUUAAUAAAUCUUUAUUUUUGACUAUUCA